UUCAGAAAACAUGACUAAGACGAGCGAUGAUGAGGAAAUUUUAAACCCAUACGUACAGGGUUUAAAAGGAACACCAAAGGACCCGGAUUUAACUUCCCUCCCGGAGAAAUCUCGGGAGAUAUAUUUUAGAGCAUACAAUAAUUUCAAUAAAUGGCGGGUUGAAAAUGGUGUAUACGCUUUGUCGGAAACUGUACUAUUAUCGUAUUUCAUGCAUUUGUCUCAGACGAAGCAACCACCCACAAUGUGGAGUAUUUACUCAAUGCUGAAGGCCACGAUGAAUAUCAAAGAUGAUAUGCAUAUUGAGAAUUAUUCAGAACUCAUAACGUUUUUGAAAGGAAUGCAAGUGGGACACAACCCGAAAAAGUCUAAAAUGUUUACAUUCUCUGACAUAGAUAAGUUUAUUAAUGAAGCCCCGGACAUAAUAUACCUUGGCGCAAAAGUCAUCCUCAUAAUUGGAAUAAACGGAGGAUGCCGUACCAAUGAACUCAUGAGUCUUAACGUCGAUGGCAUCGAGAAACAUUCAGAGACCCUGCUAUUAAUAAAACUGCCAAACUCAAAGACUAGUACUAACAGAUCCUUUGUCGUUCGCGAGGAAUACGUCAAGAUUGUGGAGCAGUACCAAUGUCUACGCCCGCCCAAUGCAAAGUCGGACCGAUUUUUCUUGCAGUAUCACAAGGGCAAGUGUUCAGGACAGCCUAUGGGUCGCAAUAAGAUAGGCGGGAUACCGCGAGACAUCGCAACGUACUUAAAACUUCCGAAUCCUCAAGAUUACACUGGGCAUUGUUUUAAGCGAACAUCGGCCUCGCUUUUGGCGGAUUCGGGGGCUGACCUCAGCUCUUUAAAAGGCGAUGGUAAUACCCGCCCGAAAGUCCGAGACAAACGUUGA